GGUGUGUUUUUGUUGUCUCAUCCCAACUCACUUCUCCCUCUUCUGCUUCUUCUUCCCCGAGCCUGCGGGGCGACAGUCGGCUAGGCUAGGCCUGAAAUCCACCUCGCAAAAACACUUCUGGACUUUGAAAAACAAGCCCAACAGUCUCCAGACUCGUGAGGCUGCACGCUGCUGCCGCUCAGGUGGAUCCGCUUACACGAACGGCCGCAUUCCUUGUGAUGCAGACAUAGAGAGGCUGACACUGAAAGAGGGUUACAUCAACGGGACACAUCACUUCAGGAUGGAGCCUGGUCAGAUGAUGCAGGAGACGUACACGGUGGAGGAAGAUCCCCAGGAGUCUCUACCUGUUGUCUCCGUGGAGACCAGCGACGAUGGGACCACGCGGCGCACAGAAACCACGGUAAAGAAAGUAGUAAAGACCACUACCACUCGCACAGUCAUCCCCUCCGUAUCAGACACACUUUCCCUGGAUGGUGGGGGUUCAGUGACGGGUAUGGGGGGCUACACCUCACCCAUGGACCGGGCUUACAGGCAUGGACCUGGAGGAGGUGUCCCCAUGGACUAUCCCACUCACACCGUGCCCCGCAACUAUCACUAUGGACCUCCAGCAGGCUAUGAGGAGUACCGUCCCGGACCCCCAUCUGAGGCCUACACAAGCCUUAGCCGAGGUGCUCGCAUGGAUGAUCGCUACAGACCAGUCCAUCCAGAUGGCUACAGAACUCUGGAUCCAAGCUACAGAGCCCCCAGCAGGAACCAGCUGGACCCCUAUGCUGCUCAGCCACAGGUUGGGCGUAUGGGAAGUGCUCUGGAGCUAUCUGCCAUCCCGAGGUUUGUCGCAGAGCCAUACGGUCUGGAGGAUGAUCAGCGGAGCAUUGGCUAUGAUGAGCCUGACUAUGGCUUGGGACACGCGAUGCACUACAGCACCGUGCCCCGCAACCACCACGGCUUCCCCCACGGGCCCCCACGUAGGACUGGGAGUUACGAGGGCACUUUGGAUGGUGACAUGAGCGGUGCAGGGGACAUGUAUUACUGGGGAUCAGGAGCACCGCUGGCUCAGGGUGAAAGAGGAAGCAUGGCUUCAUUGGACAGCACUCUAAGGAAAGGUCCAGGCCCUGGCGGCUGGCGUCAACCCGAGCUGCCAGAGGUCAUCGCCAUGCUCAACUACAGGCUGGAUCCAGUCAGGAGCAACGCAGCAGCAUACCUGCAGCAUCUCACCUAUAAGAACGACAAAGUGAAGUCUGAGGUUCGUCGUCUCAAAGGCAUUCCAGCUCUGGUCUCUAUGCUCGACAUCCCAAACAGAGAGGUCCACUUUGCAGCCUGCGGAGCACUAAAGAACAUCUCAUAUGGCAAAGAUCCAGACAAACGUGAGUUCGGAGCGGAGCGAGGCCAGGAGGAAGCUGAGGGAGUGCACAGGAUUGGUCGACUCGCUCAUGUACAUCGUCCAAUCCCAGAUCGACUGCAAAGACGUCGACAAUAAGUUGAUAGAGAACAGUGUGUGUUUGCUGAGGAACUUGUCCUAUCAUGUGCAUCGCGAAAUCCCUGGCUGUGAGCGCUACCAAGAGGCUGCACCCCUCAACCAAGGCCCCGCCCCGUCCAGCCAGAAGGGCGGCUGCUUCAGUUCCCGCAAGAGCAAAGGUAGGAAAGAUGAGGAUGCAACUGCAGAUGUUAUAGACAUUCCAAAGAGGACCACACUUGCUAAAGGUUAUGAGCUGUUGUACCAGCCGGAGGUGGUCCGCAUCUACACCUCUCUGCUUAAGGAGUCCAAGAAUCCCACAGUGUUGGAAGCCUCAGCUGGAGCCGUUCAGAACCUGUGCGCCGGAGGCUCUGGAUAUGGUCGAUACAUCCGUGCCUUGCUGCGCAUGGAGAAGGGUCUACCCAUGAUGACUGAACUUUUGGCCCACGGCAACGACCGCGUGGUCCGAGCCAUGUCUGGAGCGCUCCGCAACCUGGCGAUCGACGCACGCAACAGAGAUCUGCUAGGUAAACAUGCGGUGCCUCACCUGGUGGCCAACCUGCCCGGCGGCGGUCAGAGUCAGCCUGUGCGAGCGCUGUCAGAAGAGACGGUGGUGUCGGUAUUGAGCACGCUCCAUGAGGUGCUGGGCUCCAGUCUGGAAGCAGCUAAGAUCCUCAGGGCCUCACAGGGAAUCGAGAGACUGGUGCUCAUCAACAAGGACGGUAACCGUUCUGAGCGGGAGGUGCGCGGGGCCGGCCUGGUGCUGCAGACAGUGUGGGGUUACAAGGAACUGCGGCGCACUCUGGAGAAGGAUGGCUGGAAGAAGACAGACUUCAUGGUCAACUUAAACCCUCCCAGCAACAACACCAGGGCCAACGGAGGAUAUGAGGACAGCACUCUGCCGCUCAUAGACAAAGGAGGCAAAGGUGACCGUGAAAUGAUUCCACUGAAUGACAUGGGACCAGAUGCCUACUCCACACUGGACCAGAGAGGGAGAAGGAACACUCUGGAUGACACACUUCAACCUGCUGACAAAGAUGGAGUACAGGGAGGGAUGUAUGGGGAGAGGCAAGCCUCUUUGCCUCUAAUGGAUUCUUACGAUGAAAAACUGAUUGUGUGCAUCACAAGACGACAGCCUCCUCCUACCUACUGCCCUUGCUGAACUGACAAAUGGGGGACCAUGACACUACCGAUGGGACUACACUCCAUCCUUUUACAUUUUCUCCUCAGUCCCCUCUUUACUCUUUUUGCAGCUUCUCUCCUUCCUUCUCUCUCUCUCUCUCUCUCUCACUCUCUCUCUCUUUCUCUCUCUUUCUCUCUGUUACAUUCCUCCUUUGCAGCUGACAAACUAAUGAAAUCACACGGAAAACUGACGUUGCUCUACGCUCCCUGUGGACAUCCGGAAGUGACACUAUGACCACUUUGUGCUUGCGCAUGUCCCCCGAACUCCAAAAUGCUAAACCACUUAAUCGGACACCGCGCCACAAGCUUCUCCUACAACACUACAACACCCCCCCCCCCCCCCCCCCCCCCCCCCCCCUUACAACAACACUAGGACUUGGACAACACUAAAUGCUCUUCAACUAAAAGCAGAGACUGUGGCUUCAUCAUGAGUGUAAAUUCCUGGACGUCGGAGCGUAGAGUUAGACUGAUUUAAAAGGAACUGUUGGGAUCAGAACAGGACACUUUGGUGAAAUUUUACAUUAAUAUCUAUUACAGUUUUGAAGAAAUUGAGGGAAUGUGUAAUUUUUUUUUUUCUCCAAUGGUUAAACACUACAAAAAAAUGAUUUCCUACCACUGAAAACCAAUGUUUAUUGAUCUAAUGAGAUAUGUGUAAAACAUCCGCUUCUGUUUUUGAUAGUGUUUGUUCCUCUUCUUGCUUUGCGCUGUACCACAGUAAUGUACAUGUGCCAAAAGACAAUGCUACUGCUGCGACUGCCAAUACUGAACGCAAGAACUUUGCUCACACACACACUCAAACACUUUUUACAGUAGUUACACUGAAAACUGUCAUCUGCUUUCUUUUUGUACGCAGUUUGUGUCGGUGCAAGUCGCCAAGACUUAUGGGAGAAUCUGCAUUUUCUGUAUUUGAUUGUGAUCCAUAGAUAUAAAGGGGGAGAGAUCGCUAUAUGGAUAAUCUUACAAUUUACAGACAGAAAUGGAGCAGACAGACAGUUCUCCACCAGUGUAGUGUGUGUGUGUGCUGUAUUUCUAUAAUAAUAUUAACUGUAAACCCUCUUACCUUUGUAAUUAUUCUGAGAUAUUACAGAUUCAAUGAUUGCAUUUUCCUUUUUAUCUGCAGAUAAUAUUAUGAAUGUGUACAUACAAGACUGUCUCUAUUAGCGUCUGUGUGGGCUAAACUGGAGUGCCUCGCUCAUUCAGGACAGCUCUGAUUGGGUGCGUCCAACACGACAUGGGUAACAAAUCAAGGUGUCUUUUUCUCAGCGGUCACUAGUUGGAAAACUGUACAUGAAACUCAGCAGUUUUGUGUUCUGCAAGAUAAAGGAAUAUGUGAACUUGUAAGUAAGACUUGAUUCUUGUUAUUGGGAUUGUUUUUUUUCUCUAAGUUUAAAAAAAAAACUUGAGUUCUGUGUAAUUUACUGCUUAACAAACUCAGCCUUCCUGGCUUUAAGACUAAAGAACAGCACAUGGGAGAGGACACUGUAUGUUUUUGCCCACUUUUCUUUAGUGCAGUGCUCAUUCUAUAGAAAACUGCAUACUCUUUAGUGCCGAGUGAGAUGUAGAUACUUAAAGAUUAAAGAAGCACUAGGGGGGUAUUAUGUGUGAUUUUUCUUUUUUUCCCCCCUUUUCCUUUGUUUUCCAUUGCCAAUUGAAACAUGACAGGAUGCCUCAUUUUACAAGUUGCCUUCAAGAGUGGACUGACUUAAAAGUGGAGACUAGAGGAGAGAGCAAGGGUUUGUUGUAGAAAAUCUGUGUAAGGAGGCAGACCAGAAUUUGCUAUUAAAGUGGAGAAAAAUAAAAUAAAAGCACAGUUAAAACUAUAUAUACCAGAGAAUAUUGUUAAUUUGAAUGGUUUUAUGUAUUUUUUUUAUAUUGAUUUGGGUUUAAUUGUUUUGGGUGUUUUGGGUGAAAAGCAUAUGCAAUCAGUUUUUAUGUUUUGAUUAAAACAUUCAGUUUAUGUCUUAAUUAAAUGCAAAACAAGCUGAGCAAAAUCCUCCUAUACGGUCAUCUGAUACUGGAAACACUAAUGGUAAUAUCUGAUUCUGGACUACACCUUAAUCUCUUUGCCUUGGCUCUUAAAAGUUGCACAUUCACAUUUAUGAAUGAAUUAUGUAACUAGCAAUACUGUUUUUAAUAAAAAAGAAAAUGAUUUCG